AUGGAGUCACACCUUCUGGCUAUCGCUGUUUCAUCGCGGCCGAUGUACCUUGCGCGGACCGUGCCGCCGCGGCCAGGGGUGGUGGACGCUUUCAGUGACUGGGACAGUAGUCUGGAGGACUGUUUCGAGCAGCUCUUCCCGUCUGGUACCUGGGAGUACGACCCUGCACGGUCUAGGCUGGCUCGCCUGCAGCUGCACGUAGCUGUUCGCCUUGGCGGCUUUGGGAUUCGAGCAGUGACUUCCUUGAGUCCGCUGUCUUACGCUUGUGGGUGGGCACAGGCUGUGUGUGACACUGUGCAGUUGGGGGUAGCAGAUGAGGAGGCGAUGUUUGCAGACUAUCUCAGAACUGUGGCGGGGGUGGAUUUUCUUUAUCCCUGGUUCUCUAAGAGCCUCGACCAGCUGCUAGAGGGCCCGGGGGCUGGUGCAUGGGUCUCGGCUGUACCAGCUCAUGCGGAUUUCACCUUCACAGCUGCUGAGUGGAGCAUUGCUGCAGCUAUGCUUUUGGGCCUUCCGAUCCAGCAGCUGCAUGUGGCAGAGCGUUGUAUAUGCGGCACGGUGUACAAGGACCCGGCGGACCCGCAUCAUGCACUGCGAUGCAAGCACCAGCACGGUCCCUCUUGGGUGCACUAUGAGGUGAAGUUUGCAAUGGCAAAGAUUUCCAAGGCAUCCGGGGGGGUGGUGACGAUGAAGGAUGACAUGUUGUUGCCAGAAAAGCGUGUGGAUAUUGCAGUGCGACGUCUAAUGAACGGAGAAGCGCAUGCCUUGGAGAUCAGUGUUGCAGACCCCUUGUCGCUCUCUCCAUCUUUGGCUCACGUUAUUUUGAUGCGGGCUGCAUCGUCCAUGGGCGGGGUGGACGUUGACCUGGUAGAUAGGGAGAGGGAGGACAGGGUGAAUGAGUGGGGGGCUCUCUGGGUGGAGGCCCCGUAUUUGUCGGAUGUAUGGUUGUGA